AUGGCACAAUAUUCGGCAGAUAAUUCCAUCCCAUCAAAGCCUCCGGAAACGAAUGCCAAUAUAACCAAUGAAUCACUACGAGUGUUCACGGGAGAGCUGUCAAGUACUCAACACCACAGCCAGCAUACUUCGAAAAGUUCUGCAACGUCACCUCCUGCCACUAAAGAAGGUCUAAACCCACUGGAUUUUAACCAAACGGGUGAUGAAGAUGGGAUCUCCAUCGACGCACCUCUUCUUGUCCAAGGCAUCAUACCACUUCGUGGGUUCCUUAUUGUGAUGGUAGCAUCCUUGAUGGUCAUGAGCUGUUUUUUCAUAUGGGUCAGCACAUUUGUAGUGUCGAAACAAGCGAUUGAAAAUUUGGCAAAUGAUGUGAUUGGAGUGAGCAAUCAAAAGAUUUUAUCAUACUUGGAUGCAGUCAUCAAUCCUUUGGGCAAAAUGUCAAAAGCAAUGGCAGCUGAUUACAAUUGGGGAAUUGCCAAUGAAAACAACUUUCGAAAGUAUCUCUUUCCAAAAUAUUAUUUCUUGGGAGCCACAAGUUGUGGAUACUUUUUUGGAUAUCCUUCAACCAAGUACACUUAUUCAAUCACUGGAGUUGGUUCCAAGGCUUAUUUGGUUUAUUCUUAUCAAACUCCAGGUUUCAUUGGAACCAUCAGAGACACUGUCAAUAAUAAGACAGGCGAAGUGAUAACAGUGAACAGCACGAUCGAUUACACGCCCUUCUUUUCAGCACAGCAAUAUUAUUACAAUUCAACCAUUGAUUUAUGUAAUAGAUUGGGAAUUGAGGGAGUUUAUGGACCACCCUACAAAGCAUUGAAUUCGAGUAUGGCAAUUUAUCAUUCAUCAGUGGUUUAUGAUCCAGUAUUAUAUGCCUCUGGAAUCAAGAAAGCAGUUGGAGUGACAAGAAUCAACAUGUCAUUGGGUGCAAUUGUUUCAUAUUUGAGCAAAAUAGUUUUGAUUGGAAGAGGAUAUUGUUUAGUUUCACAAACGAAUGGAAUGAUGAUUGGAGGAAGUAUCAACACUCUUGCAGGUGAUGGAGAAACAAAUUUACACUUGUUCAAUAUUACUGAUCGAAAUGCUGGUCCUUUAAUGCAAGCAUUAUUUGCCAAAUAUGAGUUUGAUUCAAACAAUAUUCCACCACUCACUCAUGUUUCAUUGAAUGGAAUUUCAUACAUUAUUUCUCACUCCAAAUAUACCAUAGACAAUUUGAAAUGGGAUGUCUAUUUGAUUGUGUAUGAGGAAGAUAUUUUACAUUCUGUUAUUGUGACUUCUGGCAUUUCGGUUGGGGUGUUUGUGGGGACUACACUGUUGGGACUAGUGCUGAGCAUCGUUCUCGGAUCAAUCCUAGCGCGACCAUUGAAAAAACUCGAAGAACAAUUUUCCUUAAUCAAAGUUUUGAAUUUGGAUGAUGUGAAAUUUUCUACUUCCAUUUUCAAAGAAAUUCACAACAUUUUCAGAAGUUUGGAAGAAACUCUAAUUUGGUUAAAGGAAAUUAAGUCGUUCAUUCCAGAACAUGUAUUGGACGAAAUUCAGGGUACAGACCCUAAAUUAUACUCUCCGCAACUCUUAACGAGUCGACAACACACCUCCAUGAGAUCAAGUGUUACUAAGAAUUCUGUCUCAUCGUGGCACUCGGCAGGAAGAGACUCCAACAGCAGCAAGCGACCCAAAUUCCUUCGGGCAUUAAGCAAAGCAAGUGGGGUUGGAAGCGGAAGGUCAAACUUUGGAAUGAGUUCGCUCUUCCAGAUGGGUUUACAGAAGAAAUUAUGUUGUGUGCUGCAUGUCAUAUUCAAAGGUUUUGAACAUGUCGAAUCGGCAGCAGAGAAGGCUGAAUUAUUUACAGAAGCACUCGCUUCGAUUGCUCCACUGAUUAAGAUCUACAAAGCUUCUCUUCAGAUAUUGACCAAUUUUGAGUUUCAGAUUUAUGUCACUGGAAAUCUCAAUGAUGAUGAAUACAAAGUUCCAAUUAAGGGAAUUGAAUGUGCUCUGAAAAUUGUCAAAUCUCUAGAAUUAUUGAAUGCUAUCAAGUACAUGACACGAAUUGGAGUGAGUAUGAGCGAGGCGCAAGUUGGUAAUAUUGGAACGAAAAGUUCAAGAUAUUUCACUACGGAUGGACCAUGUGUAAAAGAUGCCACCACCAUGGCAACACUUGCACGACUUUUCAACCUUUCCAUUGUGACAGAUGCGUCAUGUUUUGAUGGUACACUUUCCAAUGAGAGAUUCAUUGCAAGACCCAUUGAUCGAUUCCGCAAACCUAAAUCCUCAGAAAUUGAAACCUUGUGGACUGUCACAGACGAGAAGAAUCUUGAAAAUGCCGAAUGGCUCUACGAAUUGGAGAAUUCUAAAAGAAACAACUCCUUCGAACGAUAUCAUGACGCCUUUCAAGGACUUUUCACACACGAGUUUUGGGACGGCAUUGCUCCUGAGAAUAUUCUUUCCACUCUUGAAGAUCAAUUACAUGUCCUCCAAGAGUAUUCGAGCACUUUGGAUGAUCCCUCACUUGUACGAUUAAUUUCUUCGCUUUCUUCGAUUGCCUCCUCAUAUACAGCCACUCCACAACAAAUUCCUUUUGCGCUCAAUAAUUAUCACUCACUUCUGGGAAGCGAUUUGAAAGGAGUCGUGAUUGAUUCCCCUCAACCCAAUUCAGAAGAUGCAAACGAUGCCACACAACCACUACAGGGUCUCUUAAUUUCAGUGACUGAUAUUAUUCCAAUUGAACACUAA